UCAGCCAGCAACCACACCAAUAAAUUCAACCUGGGCCAAAUUUGAAUGUUUUUUAUUAGAAACGGACUCAUAAUUUGCUUAUACUAUGUCGAAUAAAGUUUCCUAGUAAAACUUUUCUCGCGUUGUUAAAACGUGACAAAGAAAGCCAAACAAACGACGUGCGUUCAGUAGCUAGCUACCUUACACGAUCUUGUAAGUUGACACCACACAGGCGUGUACAGGAGACAGUGUUGUAAAAGUGACGGCAGCCUCCAGCUUGUUACAGUGUGGUUUACAUGAGGGCGAUGAACAUUUGGCAGAGAGUGAUGUGCGCAUGUGUGUGAGAGGAAAACUGCGGGCGAGAAGAAAAGUGAGAGGAAACUUUUAUGAAAAAGGAAAUCUGCUGUUUCUGUUAGCGUUUAGGUCUGUCAAAGACGGAUCUUAGCUGAAGCAUGGACAGUGAAGUGGAAGCGAUGAACACCAGCCUUGACGGUCCUCUGAGCCCGAUGCUCCUGACCGGGUUGGGGAUGAACUGUCUUCUUGGCCAAAAGUACAGACAUUCUGGGCCUGGCCUCGCCAGUCCUCAGGAGUACAACCAGUGGCUGCCUUAUCGCCAUGAUGCCAGCCUGCUGCCUAUGAAAGAAGACCUGGCCUUCUGGCUCAACACCAUGAUGGGUGUGGACCUCACAGCAGACAGUCUGAUGGAGAGGUUGGAUAACGGCGUUGUCCUCUGUGAGCUUGCACAGCUGCUCCAGGACAAGAUGAUGCACACCAACAAUGGCAAGCCUUUAAUCAGAAGAGUGAUCCACUGGCGAGCUGAUGCAACUUCUGGAUCAUUCUUUGCCCGAGACAACACUGCCAACUUCCUCUACUGGUGUCGAAAGAUUGGCGUUGAUGAGGCUUACCUUUUUGAGUCAGAGGAUUUGGUGCUCCACAAGCAACCUCGGGAGGUGUGCCUGUGCCUGAUGGAGCUGGGACGGAUUGCAGCCAGGUACGGAGUGGAGCCUCCGGGGCUGGUGAAGUUGGAGAGAGAGAUAGAGAGGGAGGAGGCGGGGUGCUUAUCUCCAUCAUCCCCUCUGCCCCUCUCCUUUUUUCCUGCAUCAUUGUAUUCACCAUCACAUUCAUCCCUACCCCCAGCCCCCUCUUCUCUUCCUCCUCCUGCGUCCCUCACUCCAAGCACAACCUGUCUGUCUGAACCCCUCGCUGCCUCCCUUGCCUCUGAUCUUCCAUCAGCCACAACAAACCCAGUACCUACAUGUUUAUCCCCUCCUCAGCCCUCCCUCUCAGCCUCUAACCCUUGUACAACCACAGCCUCAACACAAACACCUUUGUUCUCUUCAUCCUGCACCACUAACACAUCUGCUUCAGCUUCACUGUCAGCACCCUCGCCAGGCCAAACACUGGUAUCCACUCCCAAAGUCUACUCUACCGCAAUAACCAAACACACUCCCACAGCUACAGCUCCCAUCACCUCCCCACCUGCAGCUCCUCGUUCCUCUAGCACAUCCAAAAGCAGGAGGAGCACAGGCACCAACAACAUUUUGGAUGAUAUUGUGAAAAAGAUUAUCGAAAACCCUCCCUGCAGCUGUCCGACCAGGUUCCUCGUUGAGAAGCAACCUAAAGGCUGCUACCGUGUUGGAGAUAAAGUUCUAUAUAUACGGAUGCUGAAUGAGCGUCAUGUAAUGGUACGUGUAGGUGGAGGCUGGGAGACCUUCAUAAGUUACCUGCAGAAACACGACCCCUGCAAGGGAGGAGGGCCAGCGGGCAGAUCCGAGGUCAGGGUCUGCAGGGACAAAGCGAAGCCACCCACUUUAAACAUUUUGCCUGACAGCUACAUGGUGGUCGGUGCCCAUUACCGAGGCAAGAAGUAGACUCUCAAACUGCUCGCUUUUGCUUCUAGUUCUGAACAUUUGACUUAAUCAGACCAAACUGUACAAGGUCAAUGAUUUAACAUAUAGUUUUUUACCUCAAGUUUAUAAAGAAAGUUCUAGAUACUAUAUGACUGCAUAGCAGAAUAUUAAUUGGCAGCGAUUUUAAUAAUCGAUUAAUCACCUCAGUCACGUUUCAAGAAAAUGGCCAAACAUUCCUUGGUUUCGGCAUCUUCAAUGUGAGGAUUUGCUGCUCUUUUUUGGGGGAUAUAUAUGAUAAUAAACUAAAUAUAUUAGCAUUUUGGACUGAGGGGUGAAUUAAACAAGCAAUCUGAAUACAUCACUUUGGGCUGUGAGAUAUUUUCACUACAGACUAAAUAUGAAAUAGAGAAAUAAUCAGCAUUGAUCAGUAAUGAAAAUAAUUGUUAGUUGCAGCACACGUCACUGUAUAUAAUAACUUUCAUAUAAUCAGAAUCAUCAAGUAUUCUAUCAAGGACAGUUUUGUGUAGUACUGUAUGCAAUAAUGUCACUAUGAGUUAAAUUAUACAUUUGUACUGAUAGUAGUUUAGU